AUGAUGCAACCUCGUACCAUCCUGAAGGUGCAAACCCAAACUGAGUCUCUCUCUUCCGUCAUGAUCGAUGAAUCUCUCAAUUCCAGCAAGAAGCUGCCUCGUUCCAGGCCACAAAAACGUGUUGCCUUUGAUACUACAGAGAUUCGUACGUAUCCUCGGCUGUUGGACACCAGUCAUGCAGGUCUUGCUUUGACAAUUGGAUGGGAGCCAGUAUCAACGAACGUCACGACAGUACAAGAAUUCUGUUUGGAACAAUCGACACCCAGCCUUGGCAUGAUUUCCCCAUAUCACCCAAAUGCCCGCAUCCUCCUCCUCCUCGGUGCUGGGUAUGAAAUAGCUGAAAUUCUCCAGCAUGUGCAGAACGUUUCACGCACACUAAGGACUGUAGAAUGCAGCAAGGACGAUGAGCAACACAAGCCUGCUUCAGGUUGGACCGGAAACCUAGAGAAGAAGGUUGCAAGUGGAUUCACCAAAGCUAACCGCGCCGCCUAA